AUGUCGUUCAAGGUCCCCUACGGUGACUCGAGUCCUCCAGCGACCCCUGAUAAAUUGAAAGGCCAAAGUUUCUGGAGUAACAUUUCUACAACACCCGCCGGUCCUCCACCGUCAACCGCCAAUUCGUUUACACCGCAAGGCCACCCUCCCUCCACGGUGAACCGUAACUCUCAGUUCGGCCUAUCUCAAAAUGGCCACGGAGACUCUCUCUUCACUAAGUCUGGCGGAUUCAACACCAGUGAUAGCAUCUUCGGCUCCUCCUUCGGCUCGACCGACUUUGCGAUGCCCAAGAAAACCCUGCAAACCCAAAAAUCCUUCACAUCACAAGCCAAUCUUGGUGGCGCAAGCUAUGGGAACAAUUUCGGACAGUCGAGACAGUCUGCUGUGAGCUUUGCGGACUCGAAUGGCUUCGGGGCCUCAAAAUUGAGUGAUUACCAAGAGGAAUAUGAGGAUGAAGAGGAAAUAGAGCAACAGGAGGAAGAAGAGAUGGAGGAAGAAUUGGAAGGAGAAGAUGAGGAUGCAGAGGGAGAUAUGGACAUGAGCGUUCAGGAUCCGACAGGUCGUCCGGACUUUAUUGAUUCAGCCUUUACAAACCCGAUGCCAGCGCAGCAGCCACUUCUCUUCGGCCAGCCGCGCAAAUCGAUAUAUUCAAACCCUACCGAUGCCAAGCGACCGAGGCUAGACGAGCAAUGGGCAAGCCAGUCCCCAAUUCGCAAAACAAAAUUAUCUCCGAAGAAAGCUUCGGCGAUGCCUUCUAUCCUGCAUAACCUGGCCUCGAGAACGCGCGUGCUGCCACCCGUCAACGAACCCGCUGAUAUGGUCAUCAACACGGAGGAUACGCUUGGUCGUAUGUGGGACGAACUGAGAGAAACGAAUUAUAGACAUCUGGAUCUUGAUGCGCUUCUAGCUUACAUUGCGAACAAGCUGGCGGCAACAUGGGAUAUCUGUGCCGAUCGCAGUGGGAUCAUUCGACCCUACGGUGUCGGAUCUAAGAUUGGCCCGGGAGAACAAGCUCCUCAUCUUGUGAAAGCUAGUUUCCUUGCUUCGUUGCUUCUUCAAAUCCACCAUCCUUCUCGCGCUUCUGCCCCCAUCGCAACUAAAUCAAACCCGCUUGCUCGCCCCAGCAUGGUCAAGGCCGUGCAGCGAGCUAGUGUUGCUACUCCAUUGCCUCAAAUUCUGCUGGAUUGGCUGAACGGAAACCACGCAUCCCAAACAAAUGAUCUCCAGGCAUUGCAAUAUGUUGAGCCAAACCCGACCUCCUCUUCUAAUUUCUGGGACAUCAUCAAUGCGACUGUUCUACGCGGCCGCUUUGCCGAAGCUGCGGAAAUUCUACGAUCGGCUGAUUUCAACUAUGCUCGAUCUGCACUCGAGGAUGGUUUGCCCCAACCGGGUUACCGCGGUAUCCAGCUGCAGAACAUCCAGCGCUGCGUGAAUAAGGCAUGGCAGAUUUUGGACUCUUGCCCUGGAUUCCAAGAUGAUGAUUGGGAUAUCACAGGCUCGGAUUGGACUGAGUACCGACAGCGGGUCUUGUCGGCAGUUAAUGAUCUCGAAGCCUUCGCCGAGGGUGAUGAGAAAGAUCAAGCUGAUAUUCCAGUACAAGAAAACAAAUUUCAGGCUGUCAACUUCGGCUUUCCCCACAUGGGCAAUCAAAAUCCCACCAGUUUCGCCCAAUCUGCGCGCAUGGCUGAAAGUCGUGUACCAUGGUCUAUUUAUCAGAACCUCCGUUCUUUAUAUCGAAUCAUUCUUGGCGACACUGCCACGAUCAAGGCAUACUCACAAGAUUGGGUGGAGGCUACAAUUGGUUUAACUGUGUGGUGGGAUGGAGAGGAUGAUGAUGGCGUACCUGGUCUAGACCUUCGCGCGAGCACAUCCAGUAACGACUUCCAGCGGUCUCGCGGAUCCAGAAACCAGGCCCGAGCCGUGGAUCGUAACAUGCGAGAUGCGUAUCUCCGACGUCUGGACCUGGCUUUUAGCAGCGCCACUAGCGAGCCCUCCGAUGAUACAGGAUUCCGAGUAAACACCUUGAACAGCCUGGAGGUCGGACUCGCAUCUGUCUUCGAGGGCAAUGUGCAAGGUGUCCUGGAACUCCUACAGUCAUGGUCGCUUUGUGUGGCUGCUGCCGUCAGCGAAGUUGCAAGCCUUGGUGGCUGGUUUGAGGCUGGUGGUAAUAAGAAGAUGCCGGGUCUGAGCGAGCAUGACCUGAUGGUACUUUCGUACGGACAAGACAACAGGCCACCUGCCGAAAGUCUCAACAAGGAUGAGAUUCUGCGUAGCUAUGCGUUUGGGCUCAAUGACCGUGGUUCUAUUGAAAAUGAGACCGGGACCCGUGAAGGCUGGGAAAUGGCGUUGGAAGUUCUCAGCCGUCUCGAUGAUCAGGAGUUAAUGAAGAAGGCCGUGGCGGAUAUUGUGGAUCACCUGCCACUGGAUGACAUUUCCCAACAAGACAAACUUGUGGUAUUAUGUUCAGAUUUGGGCUUAGAAGAGGAAGGUCGACGGAUUUCCGAGCGAUUCGGUGAUCUUACUAGUUCCAACUCUGAGGACUUCGGUCUUGCUCUCGUUUGCUAUGCCCGCGCUCACAACCGACGAAAGGUCAAGUCAAUUGUUGAUUUAUUGAUUUCCUAUUCACUGGUGCAAUCACGGGCCUUCCCCGCAACAGCUGCUUUGGACGGUCAACUGCGAUCAUUGAUCAAGGACCCAAAGGCUUGCCUUUCAUCCAUCGCUUCUGUCGAUGAGGAGGCUGCUCGUAUCCUGCAAUAUUACCUCAGUGGAUACGCUACCCUCCGUAAGUUUUACGAAAUUCGAGACGAGGCCGUGGAGGCAAAGGAUGGCCAGCAACCCCGAUACAAGCCUCUGGCCCGACGACGCAUAGCCGCCAAGGCCCUCACAGCUGUAAUCAGCAGUGCGGCGGACAACAUUUACGGUGGACUGUACGACCCUAGUCGUGAUUCGGCGGUGCAGGUGGAUGGAUUGCUUGCUCUUCUUGGGGAGGCCUUGGUGUUUGUGAACCAACCCAACCCAAUUUUAUCGGUUGCUCAACAAUUCACUAUCCUGUCAGCGAUUGAAGAUAUUGAGACAGUGACCCCCCGAGUGUUUGCACAGUGUGAAGAAUGCUUCCGGUCCACCCUCCUUGAGAUCCAAAACCCUGGUCAAAAGUCCCAAGAAGGACAUCAGCCCCCGUCUCCGCGGGCCCUUCUGAAGAAGUCCGUGUCAUCGCUGUCGGCCUCUACCUUUUCCUUAAUCGGUAAUGAUAUGCUGGAGUCAGCUCGCAAUGGAUUUGGCCCGACCUCCGUGAGUAGCUCAGGUGUCUUGGUGCCUCAUCUGAGUGACAAGGAUGCGGGCCGAGCCCGGGGAUGGGACUGGCGAGUGGGACUCCCUGGUACUCUGAAGGGACAGGAUGUUCUCCAUAUGCUGAGACUGGGGUUAGCGCAAGGCUUGAGUCAUGGUGCUUUGGGGUCCGUUUAA